CCGCAAUCCGCGGGGCAGGGGACCCGGUCUGUGCUCGGGGUUCUGCUGGCUCAGGUGCUGCCUGCUCUGGAUUUUGUGGUCCUACUUUGGGGAGAAUUUCUCUGGCUGCCAGAAGUGGGUUGGGGUUUCUUGAGGCCUUGAGAUGUGCUGGAAAAACACAGCAAGGAUCACAAGAGUGUAACGACUUCAAUAUCUGGGAGGUUCCUUCCCUCUCGGCCGAACCAGUAUGAAAACAAACAAUUGUACGUUCAUGGGAUGUGCAUCAGCAUCAGCAAUCAGCAAUUAUUGUCCAUCCCCGUUUGCCUCUGAGCUAAGGGGCAACCUAUGAUAAGAACAGCACGUUUCUUCCCUGCUGGGAUUUGGUGAGGAUGCAGUGUUACCGGCUUUAUUAAAUUCUAGAUUUAUUGGAUUACUUAAACUCCCCAGCCUUCGUGGUGGGAUUUGAACGUGUCUCAGGGUGUAAGCACUGCAAGUAACUACCAAGCAUCAAAAUAUUGCCAUACAUUGUUCCUGUGUGUAUGGACCUGGAGCGAUGAAAUUAAGAACGUACUUUAAAGUGCUUGUCCUUGUGUUGCUCCCGAUGUCUGCCUUUCUGAUCCUGGCUUUCCAAGACCCUGGAAGAUUGACCGAGAAGGCCGGUCGAUGGGUGAAGAGCAGCCUCCUGGAGCAGGUGGGGGACAGGGAACGAGAUCCGACGGGAAGCGGAGGGGUGGACUUUGCGCCGUUGUUCAGUCAGAUCUACGAGCCUCCCCCCUGCCAGCAGUACCAGGACCUCAUGGUCCUGGUGACUUCGGCGCCCCCCAACAUUGACCGCAGGAACGCCAUCCGCAGCACCUGGGCACGCCGCUGGCGUCGGAGCCCCUUCUCCUGGCAGGUGGUCUUCCUGGUUGGCCGAGCCACGGAGCAAGGAGUGGACGCCAAAAUCCGCGAGGAGCAGGACAACUUCCAGGAUCUGCUGGUCGGAAACUACCUGGACACCUACCGGAACUUGACACUGAAGGUCAUGCAUGGUUUGAAAUGGGUAACAAGCACUUGCCGACCUGCCUACGUACUGAAGACCGACGACGACUGCUUUGUUAACACCGACCGGUUGCCUGGCUUUCUGAUCAGGGACAACCAGAUCAGGACUAGGCUCUAUGCCGGCUCGCUAUUCCCAGCUGAGCGGAGAGAAGUCAUCCGGGACCCCGGGAGCAAGUGGUACGUGUCGCGCCAGGACUAUGACAAGGACCGCUACCCGCCCUAUGUGAGCGGGGUGGGCUAUGUCCUCUCCCUGGACGCCGCCCGGGCUAUCCUGGAAGCGGCGGCGUCCGUCCGCCCGAUUCCCGUGGAGGACGCCUACGUCGGCAUCCUGGCAGAAGAGGCCGACAUCCCGCCGCUGGGCAGCGGCCGCUUCACCAAGCACAACGUGAACUGGAGGGUGUGCAACUACAGGUACCUGAUGGUCAUCCAUCACCUCAGCACACAGGAGCAGCAACUGGCCCACAGUAAGAUGGUGCAGGCCUGGACGGCUUGUUCCGAGAGUGUGGACAUCACCAAAUGGGAUUGAAGGUGGUUGACACUUGUAAAGUGUUCAACAGGGAGCAGAAUGGAAACUAAUGAAACAGGCUGAAUUAGACCUGGGGCAUUCAGGGUAACGUCCAGGAACAGAACAGUGGAAAUCUGAAGCUCUUUCCAAUAAGUGGUUUAUUAUUGUCACAUGUACUGAGAUACAGUGAAAAGCUUUUGUUUGUGUGCUGCCCAAACGGAUCAUCCUAUACAGAAGUACAUUGAUGUGGUAUAAAAGGAAAAAAAAACAGAAUGCAGAAUAUAGUGUUACAUUUACAGAGAAAGUGCAGUGCAGGUCGACAAUAAGGUGCAAGGGCCACAAUGAGGUAGAUUGAGAGAUCAAGAACAGAACAUAGAACAGUAUGGAACUGGACAGGCCAAUUGGCCUAUGAUGUUGUGCCAAUCUUGAUGCCAAUUUAUACAAAAUGUCCUCCUCCUGUGUACCAUCCAUAUCCCUCCAUUCCCUUCAUAUUCAUGUGUCUAUCUGAAGGCCCGUUAAGCUCCAUCAAAAUGUAUGUUUCCACUACUACCCCUGGUAACCCAUUGCAGGCACCUACCACUUUCUGCGUUUUUAAAAAAAACUUGCCCCUCACAUUGCCUUUAAACUUCCCCCCUCUAACCUUAAAAGCAUGUCCUCUGGUGUUUGACAUUUCUGCCCUGGGGAAAAGAUUCUGACUGUCUACCCUAUCUCUGCCUCUCAUAAUUUUAAAAACCUCUAUCAGGUCUCCCCUCAGCCUCUGAUGCUCGAGGGAGAACAAUCCAAGUUUGUCCAAACUUUCCACACAGCUCAUACUCUCUAAUCUAGGCAGCAUCCUGGUGAACCUCUACUGCACCCUUUCCACGGUCUCCACAUCGUUCUGUAAUGGGGCGACCAGAACUGCACACGAUACUCUAAGUGUGGUCUGACUAAAGUUUUAUAUUGCUGCAGCAUGACUUCCUUAUUCUUUUAUUCAACCCCUGAAGAGUUUAUCUUCAGCAUAUAAGAGGUUCAUUCAAGUCUUAUAGGAACGGGACAGAAGCUGUCCUUGAGCCUGGUGGUACAUGUUCUCAAGCUCCUGUUUCUACUGCCCAAUGGGAGAGGGGAGAAGAGAGAACGACCGGGGUGGGACAAGUCCUUGAUUAUGUUGGGAGCCAAUUGGAAAUAUCAAACUGAGACUGAUAGGUUUCUAAUUUGAAAAGGGCGUUACAUGAAGGUGUACUUGCGCUGAUGGACAGAGUUAAGGUACAGUUGACCACAAUCCAACUGAACUAGAGAUUGAAUAACUCCUCCUGUUAUAUGCCAAAUGCAGGCAAAUGGAACUAGCUUGGAUAGACAUCUUUGCUGGCAUGGACGAGUUGGGCUAAAGAGCCUGUUUCUGUGCUGUAUAACCAUGACUCCAUAUAAAGGGAACCUAAAGUCAUAGACGUAGCUGGUUCUACGAACCGAGAGAUAACCAUGGUCUGGUGAGGCAAGAGUCACUGAGAAGAUGAAUGUGACUGAGUCCAUCCACUGAAUGGCACAUUGAUACUGGAAUAUGGACAAGGUGUCUCGGGAAGACCGAACAGAUGACUGCCGUAACCUGGAAGGACAACAGUAGCAGUUGAGAGAAUUAAGUGUUGCCUCCCUCCAAGUCGCACAUUAAUCCAACCGGGAUGUAUAUUGUCAGUCACUGGGACAAUAUCCAUAUCUAACAAGCACAUUGCUAGCACAUGGAUUAUACAGUCCAAAAACCUAGCUUCCCACACCUUUCCUACUUGAGGGAUGGGCAAUGUGUUGUUACAAUAACAAAAUUUAAAAGACAUUUGGAAAUUGGUUUAUUAUUGUCACGUGUACUGAGGUACAGCGGAAAAACUUGUCUUGCGUACCGUUCAUACAGAUCAAUUCAUUACAACAGUACGUUGAGUACAAGGGAAAACAAUAACAGAAUGCAGAAUAAAGUGUUACAGUUACAGAGAAGGUGAAGUGCAGGCAGACAAUAAGGUUCAAGGUCAUAAUGAGGUGGAUUGUGAGGUCAAGAGUCCAUCUUAUCAUACUAGGGAACUGUCCAAUAGUCUUAUAACAGUGGGAGAGAAGCUGUCCUUGAGCCUGGUGGUACGUGCUUUCAGGCUUUUGUAUCUUCUGCUGAUUGGAGGGGGGAGAAGAGAUAAUGUCGGGGCUGGGUGGGGUCUUUGAUUAUGUUGUCUGCUUUACCGAGGCAGCGAGAAGUGUAGA